AUGCAAGCCAACCUGGGUAGUUCGAUAAACUAUGCGGGCCUGCAGGUCAGCUACACCUACGGCGCCCGCUAUAUUUAUACCGAAAUUGUCAUCCUCAACGACAAUUUCCUGCGCCUCUCGGCAUGCGUGGACGCAUUCCAGACGCCCAUGUCUUCGUCUGUCAUAACGGUGCCUGCCGCGCGGCCGGUGCAGUACAUGGACCGCCAGGGCAAUCCCACGCACCGCGUCCGUCUCACAGCGCCGCACACUGAACUGACCAUCCUCGCUGUUGGCAAUGUUCGUCUCAUCAGCCCGCCGUGGGCUAUCGAAGAGGUGGCGAUGAGCGUUCUUUCAUACGAUGCCGGCUCGGAUGAGUACCUGUCGCCGACGCCGAUGGUGGACCCGGAGAAGGUGGCAGAUGCCGCGCGGCAGAUCGCCGACGGCAGUCAGGGGUUGCUUGAGGUCGUGGACAGCGUGGUCGGCUGGGUGUAUUCGAAUAUCACCUACAUUCGCGGCAGCACGACAGUCGCCACGACAGCGGAACAGGUGAUGCAGACGCGGCAGGGCGUGUGCCAGGACAUGACGCAUCUGGCGAUGGGGAUGCUGCGGGCGCUAGGCAUACCUACACGCUAUGUCAGCGGCCUGAUGAGCGGGCAGGUGGGCGAGACGCAUGCAUGGCUGGAGUUUCUGCAUCCGACGCUUGGCUGGCUACCGUCCGAUCCGACGCGCGGACAGCCCAUAGCCAGAGGCAUGGACCUCGUGAAGUUCGCCGCCGGGCGUGACUACACCCAGGCGUCGCCCAUAGAGGGAUCGUUCGUCUCGAAGGGUGCUGGCUGGCUGGAUGUGGUGGUUGCACAGGUCACGCCGUCGUUGGAGAGCAUGUCUUUCGACGACGCCAUGAGCCUCAUCGAGAAUGCGAAAUCUGCGUGA